AAAUCUAUACUUCAAUCACAUCUUGAUUGCUUUAUUUCAAAUCAGCACAGUAAGGGUUAACAGUGUGGCACUGGCUGUUGUACCUGUUCUACUACCUUUCAUCCAAAUUACAGGAAGAUACAUAUUUCAGGGGGUGUUUAUCUCUGCAAAUUGAAAGUUCAGAUUUCUUUUUCAUUCCACCAGAAUGAAAGGUUAAGACAGAACGUUUAUGUUUUUCACUUCUUCACAACAUGACAACCUGUGUUCCUCGUCUGUGUCUUUAUGUGCUGGGGGUGACUAUGAUGCUAGGAUUGGUGGCACAUUGUGAUUUUAAUCAGUCUCAUUUUGGAGCUUACUUACAUGGAGACAUUGUCAUUGGAAUUCUAGCAUCAAUUCAUUCUAAAGUAAAAGACCUUCAUGAUCGGAUUCGCCCAGAAAUGUAUACUUGCACAGACUUUGAUCAAAUACCAUUUGUGUCAUCUUUAGCUGCAAUUCACACAGUUGAAGAGAUUAAUAACUCUGGCUUCCUUCCUGGCAUUAAGCUUGGAUAUCUGAUGUGUGAUCCUUGUGCAUAUGGUACCAAAGCUUUAGACUGUGUGGAGCGCAUGCUUGCUGUUAAUGGGCCACCUACAGUCCACUCUGACUACUCAAACUUCACUUCACCCAUAAAAGCAUUCUUGGGUGAAAGAUACUCAGAAUUAUCUAUUCCUGUUGCAAAAUUACUCAGUCUCUACAUGAUUCCCCAGAUUAGUUGCACUUCUACUGCACCAGCACUGAGUGACAAAUUACGCUACGCUUCCUUCUUUCGCGUUGUCCCAAGUGACAUGUACCAGACUCAGGCACUGGCAAAGCUCUUGAGACAUUAUUCCUGGAACUGGGUUGGGGUGGUUACCAUUGAUGAUGAAUAUGGCAGAGCAGUCCUUGAGAACUUUGUGCAGGAUGCACAGGAAGAACAUGUGUGUCUCCAGUUCCAGGAAGUGUUACCAAAUUACCUAGGUUUUAUACAUAUGGAAGAGAAGAUAAAGAUGGUAGCUGAUCGUAUUGAAUCCUCGAAUGCCACAGUUAUUCUGCUUAUUCUAAGACCAGAACUUGUGCAGAUGCUCUUUACACAGAUGAUCAAGAGAAAUAUUAGUCGGGUCUGGAUUGCUAGUGAUGCCUGGUCUACAACAGGGUUCAUAAUGAAGAUGAAAGACAUUAACAAAGUGGGAGAUGUAUUUGGUUUUACCUUUAUCACUGGGGAAAUUCCUGGUUUUAAAGGCUACCUGCAGAACCUUAGACCAAGUCCAGGCGCAAGGAAUGAUUUCAUCAGUGAGUACAAACAAAUGUGGUCCAACUGCACCCAGAGUCAGCAAUCAGAGAACUCAUUUCUUUUGGAUUGCAAUAGCUACCUUCUUCAAAACGUGGAUCUGACAGAGGCUUACGGUCAGAGAGUGGCAGUCUAUGCCAUUGGUCAUGCCAUCAAGACACUUUUAAAAUGUGACAGCAUUUCCUGCUCUGGAGACACAAACAUCCUGCCUUGGAAGCUUAUAAGCAUUCUUCGUGAGAUUCACUUCACCUUGGACAACCAGACAUAUUUCUUUAAUAAAAAUGGUGAUUUUGAAAAUGGUUAUGAUCUUAUCAUGUGGAAGAAGGACGGUGAUGAAAGAGUACCUGAUGUGGUGGGGAAAUUCCUUAUAAGCAAUAAAGAUGUUGAUGUCUAUGAGCACAAAAUCUCAUGGUUUAACAACAUGGUUCCUGAGUCCAGAUGUUCAAAGCGUUGUCCACCAGGCACACACAAGCACAUAUUAAAUAUAACAUGCUGCUAUACUUGUAUCAGCUGCAGUGCUGGAGAUUAUUCUGACCAGGAGGAUCAAUCAACCUGUACCAAGUGUCUAAAUGGAACUUCUCGUCCUGCUUCAACGAAAUGUGAGAAAUGGAAGUUGGGGAUUUUGGAGUGGUCUGCAGCGCAUUCUAUUGUGGUGAUUAUUGGAACAGUAAUAGGCAUACUACUGUUAGUGGUCUCAAUUAUAUUUUUCAUUAAAUAUAGAGACCAUGAAAUAGUAAAGAAAAACUUCAGUUUAUUAUGCAUCAUGCAGGUAGGCCUGAUUGUAAGUUUUGGAAGUGUGAUAGCUUUUUUAGGCGAUCCAAGCUCCCAUCAGUGCAUGGUACAACAGGCCAUGUACGGUCUUGGAUUCACUCUCUCUGUAUCAUGCAUUCUGGUUAUUGCCUUUAGCUCAUUCUUAGAAUUCAUGUCCUAUGAUCCACAUAGACAGCUUUACUUAAGCAAGUUUAAUAAGCCUUUUGUCAACAUAGGCAUCCUCACUGUUGUUCAAGGUCUCAUUUGCCUCUUCUGGUUUAUAUUUGAUCCUCUUAAAGUUGAUGAAAAGCCAUCUGUAAAAGAUCCUCUUACCAUGAACCAUCUGUGUACUCAAGGAGCUGAGUUUAUUGGCUUUGCCAUGAUGCAUAUAUAUAUUGCUAUUCUAGCUGUGCUUUGUUUUGUGUUGGCCUUCAAAGGGAGAGAGAAAGAUACUGAGUCUAUAGUCUUCAGCAUGCUCUUUCAUUUGUUUGCCUGGCUUUGUUUUAUUCCACUCUUUGUCACACAAAUCGAACAGCGGCCCAUUAUCCAGCUCUCUGCCAUUAUGGUCUCCACCUACGGUGUCAUCUUCUGUCACUUCACUCCAAAAUGGUAUAGGAUAUUAUCAGAAAAUGCAGCGAGGCGAGCUAAUUCUCCACAAGUGGAUUCAUCUGCUGAAGAGGAAUUACAACAGCAAAUCAACAUGUAGAACAACCUCAUAAACCCAGCUUAACCCUCCUGACUCUUGACAGGCAGAUGGUCAGAAGUCAUUACUGUUUCCAAUAGGCAAAAUAUUUAGACCAAACACAAACAAAGCUGAAUAUGUUACAAUAUUCAAAAGAAGUAAAUUAUCUUAAAACAGGAUGUAUUUUUCCAGGCACACACAUUGUAUUUCCAGUUGCACUAAGAGUGGUAAAGGGUUUUUUCAUGCAUGUAGCUAGUAUUAUUACCAAAAUCAUGAAUUAUAUACAUCAAUACAGAAAUAGUUGCAGGGCACAAAAACAAUGUUUCCCAAAGAUCAUAUCAUUGCAAAGAUUUUAACUCUGAAUUAAAAAAAAAUCUUUGGUCUGAAUUGAAAAGGACUGCACAAACAUCUGCGUGCACAAACAUAAGAAUAUGAAAAGCUCUUGAAAUGCUGUGCAUAGAGGAAAGGUCUAAGAUCUCUCAUCAACCUUAUUAGACACUAUAGGAAGACAGAUUUAAAAUAACACUCUACAGCAUUCCAUUCUACCUAAUCUCACAAUAUGAAUCAUUACUGUUUUUGUAUUAUACUUUUCAUCAAAGCUGCCAAUAAUUGUAUGGAAUUUUUCAUUUUACAUAAAGCACAGUAUUUUUG